AAUGGAUUCCAGUCGCCAGACAUUGUCGACGAAUUCGGCACCAAUGCUGUCUCGACGCUACAAGAAAUGCCCGGUGCAUGCGUACCCUCGACACAGAAAGCCGUCGUGACCCCAGAGAUGGGCGAGCAGCUCAAUCUUCACCUCCGCACCGUUGCCGUCCGAGAUCCAUCCCCAGGCGAAGCUGUCGUCCGGAUCCUAUAUAGCGGCAUCUGUCGCAGUGACGCUUGCUUCUCCGUCGGCCCUGAACCCGGCUUCCCUGAGCACAACCACAUUGCCGGUCACGAAGGCCUCGGCCAUAUCGUCAAGGCCCACGAUCCAUCCCUCCUAGGCCGGCCAGUUGCCAUCCGCUACCUGGGUACAUCUUGCCAGACAUGCACCUACUGCCUCCGCGGGCUCUUCACGUCGUGCCCGUUUCAACUGAACGCGCCCAAACAUAUCGCUGGCACAUUUCAACAAUAUGCCACCGUCCCUACCUCAUGCCUGAUACCCUUGCCUAAAUCAGUGCUUUCUGGGAGCGUCAACCCGGCUCUGUACGCUGCUGCGCUGUGUUCAGGGUCCACGGCAUUAGUUGCGUUGCAAGCUGCAGAGAUAAGCCCGGGCGAUGUCGUGAUGGUUGUCGGUGUUGCUGGUGCAAUUGGCCAUCUGACUGGCGCAAUCGCGAAACAGGUCAAGGGGGCUAAGGUCAUCGGCAUCGACUUGGGAUGGAAGAUCGACAAGCUUCAGGCCAGAUCAGAAGAGUUUGCCGACAUCUUCUUGCACGCACCUACGGCUGACGAUGGCGAAGCCUGGAGUGCAUUUAAAGCCGAGUUACUGGGAGCCUGUUCACAACUGAGGGGCAGAAAUGGCCUCACACGCGCUGCUGAGGCAGUUGUAGUCACUAGCAGUUCCAUCGCUGCUUUUAAACGCCUAGAUGAGUAUGUCUGUGAUGGCGGGAGGAUCGUCUGCGUGGGUGUUCCCCAAGGACGGAAUUCGGUUUCCGUGGAUUUGAACGCCCUUAUCGAGCGAAAUCUGAAACUAUCCGGCAAUCUCAUGGGUGGACAUCGCGGGGCGGCGGAGGUCAUGCACUAUAUUACGUCUGGGCAAAUCAAGCCCCAUAUCACCGAAGUAGCUCUGGAAGAUGUGCCCGAGCAGAUGCAUAAUCUUGUAGAUUGUAAAACCAUGGGAAAGGUUGUUGUACGGGUCAACGAACCACUUCUAGCAGUUUAA